AUGUCGCUCGCUAGAAUCUACGGAUUGCAGGCACGGCUGAGGACACAUUUGCAGAAGAGUGUUGUGACGCGAUCAAUCCCAGUCCAGAUGCUAGAAACUGUUCCCCGACGGUGGAUCGCUUCCGGUUUGGUAAGCCACGAUAAACUGGCACCGAAACCUGUGCCCAAGCACGACUGGAAUCGGGCCGUCAGUGAGGCGGAAAAGAUCGUUGGCUAUCCGACGUCGUUCCUCAGCCUCCGGUGGCUGUUGAGCGAUGAAAUUGCCAACGUAGCGCUGCACCUGCGGAAGCUGGUCGGCAGCAACCAUCCACUGCUUCGAACCGCCAAAAUACUGAUCUACAACGGCAAAAACAACAUGCAAGCCUGGGGAUUAAUUGUUUUGCUCAUCUCCAAAGCGGUCGGACAUGCACCGACCGUACCGGAUCUGGAACAGGAUAAAAGUGCCGGCGUCCUUCAGUCGCAGCGUGGAUUGGCGGAAAUUACGGAAAUGAUUCGUACCGCCCAUCUCGUCCACCAGGGACUGGUCAAUCUGCAACCGUUGGACGAUGCCGGUAACGAGCUGGGCAGCGACAGCGAUACCAUCUUUGGCAACAAGAUCGCCCUGCUGAGCGGGGACUAUCUGCUCGGGAACGCCUGUCUGCAGUUGGCCGGUCUCCGGAAUCAACCGCUCAUCGAGCUUAUCUCGUCGGCCGUACGUGAUUUGGCCGAAUCAAACUUCUUCGGCGAGCGGGAUCAGCAGAACAAUCCGCUUCCGUCGCGUCCACUAGAAUCGUCGGCAGCUGGCAGCAAUGGCAGCAGCAGCGGAUCGAAUGUGGAUCUUAGCUUCGGUGAUGCGAUCGACAACACGCAACCGCUCAGCUUGGCCGGUGUGAUGGGCAAUCCGGAGAAGGAGUGGGCCCUGCGGCACAUACUCGGGGCGGGAAGUUUGCUGGGGAAAAGCUGCCAAGGUGCGAUGAUGCUCGCAGGACAGCCGGAAGCCUUGCAACGGCGCGGUUACAUGUUUGGGAAACAUCUCUCCCUAGCAUGGCAGGCCUGUAUCGAUCUGGAACCGUUCAACAGUGAUCAGCUUCCUUCGGGUGGACAGUUUAGUUUAGUGUCCGCACCGGUUCUAUUCCAUCUCGAUCACGUUCCCGCACUGUAUGAUGAAAUUCAGCAGGGACUAGUGUCGGUAGAUAAAGUAGAUUUUAGCAAGGUUCAUGCAGCAGUUUUGAAAGGACCGGGCUUGGAACGGACACGCGCACUGCAGAAAAAGCACAGCCUUGCCGCGAUGGAUGUAUUGAACGAGCUGCCACCGUCCGACGCACGAACCGCGCUGCAAAACAUUAUCCUUGCCAUGCAGGACAUCUAG